AUGGCUAAUGAACAAAAGAAUAUAAAGGUUGCGGUGCGAGUAAGACCAUGCAAUCAAAAAGAAGAGCUGAAUACGAGAAGUGUCGUCGAAGUUAUUGAUAGAACGACGCUACUUUUUGAUCCAGAUGAAGAAGACGAUGAGUUCUUUUUUCGAGGCGUUAAACAAAAGUUUAGAGAUGUUACGAAACGGGUAAACAAAAAAAUGAGCAUGGAAUUCGAUAGAGUUUUCGAUGCGAAUGCAGCAAACAAAGAAAUAUUUGAAGAAUGUGUAGCACCGUUGGUUGACUCUGUUUUAAACGGCUACAACUGUUCAAUUUUUGCAUAUGGUGCAACGGGGGCUGGGAAAACAUUUACAAUGCUUGGCAAUCGUCGUUGUGCUGGAUUAAUGUCCUUAACGAUGAGUCAUCUUUUCAAUAAAAUCGAAGAGCAAACUAAUGGCUACAGAUUUGAUCUGGGCGUCAGCUAUUUGGAAAUAUAUAAUGAACAAGUAAUGAACUUACUAACGAAAACUGGACCGCUUAAGUUACGGGAGGAUGCAAAGGGAGUUAUUGUAAGUGGUUUGUCUUUGACCCCAAUAUACAGCGUCGAAGAAUUGCUUAAAUUAUUGACGCUGGGCAAUUCCAAUCGCACGCAGCAUCCCACCGAUAUUAAUGCGGAAAGUUCUCGUUCUCAUGCCGUCUUCCAAGUGCACGUUCGUAUGACGGAUUCUAAAACUGGUAGUAAGCGUAUAGUGAAACUUUCAAUGAUCGAUUUAGCUGGCAGUGAAAGAGCGGCUAGCACCAAAGGAGUGAAAUCUCGAUUUAAAGAAGGUGCCAGUAUUAACAAAUCGCUAUUGGCUUUAGGGAAUUGCAUUAAUAAGUUAGCUGAUGGUUCGAAACACAUACCAUAUCGCGACUCUAAUCUCACGCGCAUAUUGAAGGACUCUUUGGGAGGUAAUUGCCAAACUUUAAUGGUGGCCAAUGUGUCAAUGAGUUCCUUACCAUAUGAGGAUACCUAUAACACUUUAAAGUAUGCUGGACGUGCAAAAAGAAUUCGCACAACUUCACGACAAAAUGUUUUGAAAUCGAAUUUACCCAAAGAGUUUUAUAUUAAAAAGCUUAACGAGCUUAUAGAGGAAAAUGAUCGACUGAAGCGAGCGAACACUGACCUUGAACAUCAAACUUCCAAAUGCAAUACGUUCGCUGCCAGUGAAUGCAGUGAUUGGUGCUAUCGCAUCAAUGCUUCAUUUUCCGAGAUUUUAAAGACGCAAAAAACCCUAAUUGCUUUACAGAAUCAGACAAAAAUCCUAACAUGGCGUAAAAGUCUUAAAGCCAUUGUGAGCGGACUUUUUGAAACUUUUCCUACGGCACAAAGAGAGUCCUUGGCCUAUAUAUCAUCGUGCGGUGACUUAGAUAAGGAAAUUAAUAAAUUAAUGGAUAAGACUAAGUGCGUGAGAGAAGAAUUCAAAAAUCUUUACAAAGGCUUGCAAGAGAUGCAGGAUGAUGUUCAAACCUCACAAUAUGCAAAUACUUUACAACCAUGUUUAAAAAAUCAAUUCAUUUGCUUGCAUUACGCACAACAACUACUUAGAAGCGAGCACUUAAUUAGCACUCAUACUGAGCUACUAAAAGUGAUUGACUUAAGUUACAAAGUCAUCAAGGAUGCGUAUCUCACUAAAGACCAACGAUAUCAUAUAGAAGCGCUCCAGCAACAUUUCUAUGUAGACUUAUUAAAAACUGAAGACAGUGGCCAGAAUAAUUUCGGCCUAAUGCUAACGAUGUUUGACAAUCAAAACAAUGAUGCAUUUGGUUGCGAGGGAGAAAAAUUUGUACAAAUUGGAGAAUUUGUUGUUGGCGAUGAAUUAUUUGAUUUAGAUGGAUUAGAAGACAAAACAAGUGCCGGCAACUAUUCAGCAGAGACUAAUGGAGAACAAACGAAUUUACAUAAGACAAAGUUAUUACCUGUUCAAGAGGAUAACGUUGGUGGAAAUUCCACGUUCCUUGUCAGCCCAGCUUCAACUGGAAGCCAUUGGGAGAAAAGCAAAGCACUUAAGUGUAAAUCGAAUUUAGUUACGUGCGUAUUGUCCGAAGAGUUAGUUGACAUUUCCAAAAAUAAUAAAAAACUGAAUAAUGUUUUACUUAGAUCUAAACAAUUUACGCAUCGCAACCUUAUGCAGACUGUGGCCACUGGUCUGCAAAAAGAAAAUAGAAAAAUUGUCCCAAAUAGAGUGCUCAAGAAUGCUGGUUCUCGCGGCCCAAGAGACCGUUUUUCAUGUGCAAGCUUGGGGAGCCGUCAACCAAUGCGUGCACUAAACAGCAAUCCCGACGGACCUGACGGACCUCCUGUACGAUUCAAUCGAGCAACUUCAUUACGUUCGAAGAAAUAA